AUGCGCCACCCCGAGCCCUGCCCCUCCUCGGAUUCUAUCACCUCGAUCAGUGUUGUCAAGAACCAGAAGCUUGCGCGAGACCGAUAUCGAGCCUUGAGCUGGAGCCAGUUCAAAGUACCGUCUUCCGACAGUUUUAUCCGCGUGGAUACCCGCGAUGAUACGCCCGCACACGCCUUGCCAAAUGAGAACGAUGGAUUCACUGUCGUGCGCCAGUACUUGUACGAUGUGCUCACCCACACAGGCUGGGGUAUAGGCUAUGAGUGCCCUGCAGCGAUAAGGGCAACGGUGGAAAGCUGGUAUGGGCAUGGAGGUUAUUUCAAGGCCCAAUGUGUAGCAGAAGAUGGAUUAUUGGAUCUUUGUCCCAUGAAAGGAAAAGAUGGCGAAGGAAACGAAGUGUGGUUCGAGGAUCGACUGAGAAACAAGAUCAGGGAAUGUGUCAGACACGAGAGCAGCAUGUUAUUGUAUCGCGAGACUGAGCUGGACGACGCGAUGAUUGAAGCAGAUACAUGCGUGGGCGAUAACAUUCCUGACAUCAGUGUACGGGAACAGGGCUGCCAGGAUUACGAUGGAGAGGAAAGCAUAUACUCGGUAGUCCAACCGUCGAUCAAUCUCGACGAGGAUGCAAUGACCAUUGCUCCCCAUGAAGACCAGGACGACGACCUCGACCCUUUAGCACCUCAUGUACACCGCAGCGACAGCGCAAGAUUUUCGGGAACAGUCGGAUCAGGGACACGGACCAGCAAAGACUUCGUAUCAUCCGACCCUGAGCCCAGGGUAAACGCGCCUUCCGAGAUCACGCAUGAACUCACAUUCCAGGUUCCUACGCCAAAUUUAGAGCAAUCAAAGAAGAGGAAAGAACGGUCGCAUGAAAGUUCAAGAGCCAUGGAUGAGCUGAUUGCAGAACGCAAGUCGUCCAUCAGCCGUGCAGUGUGCAGUCACGCGAACGCAACAACGCCAGACCCGAAGUCUCAAUGCCCACCGAAAAAAGAGCUACCUACCGCAUACAAGCACGCACGAAGAGGCGCCGUCGUACUCACCAAGAAACCCAUGUCUGUCGCACGGCACAGAAAUCACAGGAAAAGUGCGAAAGUCAUCGAACGCCGGUCGCAGAUGACCCACGACACAGCUUGCUCCGUUAGCUCCAUACGCUACGAGACACUGCCACAAAGUCAACUACCCGCAAUAAAAGGUCAGCAUCUCAUUGUCGAAGCUACGGCGGUGGCGAAGAGAGCGGUUGCCCUCAAGCUCAGCGUUGAUGAGGCAAAGUACUUGAACCAUCACGAGCGGAAUAAACGGAGUCUCAUGUCUAGGAUGUUUGCGAAAGUGGGUGGAAAGAGAGGGUGA